AUGGCGUUUCUCGCAGCACCUCCGCCACCCCCGAGCCACCGUCGACGACCACGGGUCCUCUCGGACUCGCCAGCCUCCGCCGUCAUCACCGUCGCCGCCGCCACCAAGCCUACAACGACACCGACCGACGCACGCCGCCCAGCCCGACCACCAUCACGACCGACACAUCAAUCAGACGCCGUGUGCCGAUCGACCACGCGUCCACCGGCACCCUCCACCGCCGUGCCGCCGACCAUCGCGCAACGACCGGCGCCCCCUACAGCGGUGGGCCAACCGCACCCCGUGCAGGUUACCCUGGGGAACGGACGAACGGUCGACGUUCCGUUUUACGCCGCCACCAUCUCGCGGCGAUAUAAAGUGCGCACCCCGGACGGCCGCUGGAUCAUCCGAUUCAAUCGGCGUGAGGAUGAUGAAGAGGCUUUGAAACGCAAUCAGAUUAUGAUUACACGAAUGUUACUCAGAGAUACAUUAGAUCCUUUUUCAGUGUCUGAUAGCCAAUUUCGCAAGCUGUACAGACUGACAAAAGAUGCAACUCGUAUGCUUAUUGCACAAUUGGUGGCAUUCAUGCCACAAAUAUCACGGAAAACUGCAAUAUCUCAUGAAUUACAGAUACUAGCAUCAUUAAACUUCUUUGCAUCAGGAUCCUAUCAGAGAAGAACAGGCCAAGAUUUCUUUACGUGUAUGUCUCAAACGUCAUUAAGCCGUUCCCUUCAUGCGACUGUCAAUGCAUUGAAUUGUAUUAUUGACGAUUGGAUUUGUUUUCCAGUAACCGCUGACAGAAUUCAAAGCAUCAAACAAAGAUUUUUCAGAAACGGCGGUUUUCCAGGAGUUAUUGGAGCAAUUGAUGGAACACACGUUGCUAUUUUUCCACCAGAAAUUGAAAGGGAAUACCUAUUUAUCAAUCGAAAGUUAUAUCAUUCAUUAAAUGUAUUGGUUAUUUGUGAUUCCAAGUGCGAAAUUCUUGCCGUAAAUAGUGCCCAUGGUGGCCGAACACACGAUGCCCGAGUGCUCCGAUCAUCGAGAGUAUUUGCUCAUUUAGAGCAAAGGCACAGAGAAGGUGAAAUAAAUUCCUGGCUUAUAGGUGAUUCUGCAUAUCCUCUUCUACCUUUUUUACUGACGCCACAAUUAAAUCAAGUAGAAGGAACUCCAGGCGCAAGGUAUACAGAUCAUCAUGUCCGGACUCGUGUGACUAUAGAGCGAUGUUUCGGCAUUCUAAAAGGUCGCUGGCGUUGCUUACGGAAAGAACGAGCUUUACAUUAUUCUCCACAAUUUGCUGCUCUCGUUGUUAAUGCUUGCUGCAUUCUACACAAUAUGGCAAUUAAAUGGAGAAUUCCAAACGAUGAAAUAUAUCUGGAUGAAAUGGAUAUUGAACCACCGAUACCAUGUAAUAUUGCCGAAGAAACUGGAGAACAAACCCAAACUCGAGUGAUUCAAUGGUAUUUUACUAAUUAAUUAAUCCUUAAUUCGAUGUUAUAUUACUAGUAUUUUUUUAGAUUUUUUGUAAUUUUAUCAGUAAUUUUAAGGUGCUUUUGAAACAUUUUUUAAACAAAUCUAUUAUUGAAUUGUCCAACAAAUCUGUACAAUAUUUUACGUAGAAAUUAAGAUGUAUAUUGAACGUAUUGUAUAUUAUUUUAAU